CCCCCCCACCAGGCCCCCAGCUCCCCCCCCGCUGCAUGCCGGCUCUGUAUGAAUAGAGUUGAGGGGCGGAUUGUGUCGUCUGUGGACAGCGGGGGGUGCUCUGGCUGCAUGGGCUGUGCAUGUACCGGCUGUUCUUAGCAUGUCACUUGCGUGUAGCCUGCCCUGUCCUAGAUUACUGGCUGGACGCUGUCUGUUGUUAGUGUGUGCAAAGCCGGAGGCCUGCAGGGACGGUGCAAGUACUUCCCCGUAUGCAUCAUCAUGUCUGUAGCAUGUGCAAACCGGGAGACCAUUGGGAAUGUGGGGGGAGGAACUGUCCGUCUGUCCUUGUUGUCUGAGCUCUGUCCUUCCCCACCCCCGGAACAAGCAGAGGUGCAGCUCUCGGCCUGCAUUCGGGGCGGUGGCCCUGCGGCUGGCUUGGGGGCACGAGGGGCGAUGGUUCCCCUGAACAGGAUGGGAAGCCGCCCCAUCUCUCCCUGAUGAGCGGCUCCCACCUGCCCCUUCCCAAGCAUGGGACCCCCCCUCCGCCCCGAGUCCCCCGCUGCCUGGGCCAAGGCUUCCAGAUCAGCCGCCUCCUGGCAGCCUUCAGGCCUGCGUGACUCCAGAGGAAGAAAUCUUGCUGCAGGAGUAUCUGGCCGGUGGAAAGAACUGAUCAAACUGAUAGACACUCUGGGGCCGCGUUCGGGAUCCUGGCCCGGGAGACGCAGAUGAAGAUUGGAAAUCCUGAGGGGCACCGCUCGGGCAGCCACGCCCCUCACUACCGCACCCUGCAGGCCAUGGUGGCCCUUCGAGCUGCGGCGGGGCUGGGUGGGCUCCGGGUGCUGCCCCCGGACCAGCCCCCCUCGGGGAGCCGGACCCUGCUGCGCCUCCAUCGGGCCCUCAAGUGGCUGGAGCUGUUUCUGGGGAAGCUGGGCCGCAGUGGGGCAGAGAGAACCCCUCCCAGCUGUGCGCCGAGGCCUACGAGGCAGCCCUGGCCCGGUACACAGCUGGUGGGUGCAGCAGGCGGCAGGGCUGGCUUUCCUGGCCCUGCCCUCGCGCCGGAGGCUGUACGGGCUCGUCUGCGCCAAGGGGAGACGGGAGGCCAGGCCGUGCUGCUGGAGGCCGUCGGCACCAUAGCUGGGGUGUAUAACGUCACUCAGCAGCUGUACGCCACCCGGGGCCUGUUGGAGCUGCCCUGAGUGGCCGCCGGGGGGCGCCGGAGAGGACAAGUUGGGGGCACCGGGUGCCGGGUCUGUUCAGCCUUAGGACAGGGACUGGCUGG